UUAACAUUAUAUUUCCACCAAUGAACAUCGUACCCGUCGCCGGAAAGUCUCCACGGCGGGAGCUCCAAGGCCCCCGUCCUACGCCUCUCAAAGUCCGCAAAGACUCCCACAAGAUACAGAAGCCUCCGGUGGCGCCGCCGCCUCAGCAACCACCGCCGCCGGCCCCGCCUCGCCCUCCGGUGAUCAUCUACACCGUGUCACCCAAGGUUAUCCAUGCAAACCCUAACGAGUUCAUGACGUUGGUCCAACGGCUCACCGGCACGGACUCCACUUACGCCUCCUCUUCCACGGCCGUGCAGCCCUCGACGUUUGACGUCGCCGGCGCCGUGUCUCCGGCGGCCCGGUUCGCUUCGGUAGAAAAAACCCGGUCCACGAGAAAACCGGAGUUGGGAACGGUUCAAGGGAUAGAGCUAAGCUGUGACGUGGAAAGAAGCGGGGUUUUGUCACCUAAUCCGGCUUCUCUUCCGGCGAUACCGGCGAGUAUAUUCUCGUCGCCGUCGGGUCAAAACCCGCUAGGCUAUUUCCCGGAUUUAAGCCCGGUUUUCCAUAGUAACAAAAUCUACGGCUUAGAAACAAGUUUCAUGUUACCUAGUCCUUCAGCAACUUUCAUUUCUCCAAGAAUUAUUUCUCCAGGUACACCUUCUCUAGACCUUUUCAACAAUCUCUUUGACCUUUAAUUUAACACCAUAGCAAUAAUGGUGAGGAUAAUGGAUGAAGAAGAGGAUCGAAGAGUGUUCAAAGGGAAUUUCAGGGAUUCAAUUCUUUGUUCUUGAAGCUAAGAAGCUAAGCAGUACU